AUGCGCCUUCAAUCCGGCGCGUUUGUCGCGGCUUUCGCCGCUACCGCCAGUGCUACCUCGCUGGCCGACGUCUGCACCUUGUCCAAUGUUAAGUCUGCACUGCCUUCCAACGGAACUCUGCUGGGUAUCAACCUGAUCCCUUCCGCUUCCACUGCGAGUGUGGUUGAAAAUGCCAGCACUGGGGGCGGUAUGAGCAGCUCCAGCUCGAGCGAGACUUACAGCUACUGCAAUGUGACCCUGACCUACGUUCACCCUGGAAAGAGCGAUAACAUUGUCGUCAAGUACGCCUUCCCGGAGCCCUCGGACUUCAAGAAGCGCUUCUACGUCGCCGGUGGUGGCGGUUACUCCCUGAACACCGACUCCACUGGUGGUCUUGAAUAUGGUGCAGUUGGUGGUGCCACUUCGGCAGGGUACGAUGCCCUCAACUCUGUUUCCUAUGACGAUGUGGUCCUUGCCGGCAACGGCUCCAUCAACUGGGAUGCGACUUAUAUGUUCGGCUACCAAGCGCUCGGCGAGAUGACCCAGCUGGGUAAAUACGUGACAAAGGGGUUCUAUGGUCUUUCGACAAGUUCCAAGGUUUAUACCUACUAUGAGGGAUGCUCUGACGGUGGCCGUGAGGGCAUGAGCCAAGUUCAGCGAUAUGGUGAGGAAUACGAUGGAGUCAUUACUGGUGCUCCCGCCUUCCGAUACGGCCAGCAGCAAGUCCACCAUGUGUUCUCUUCCGAAGUGGAGAAGACCCUGGAUUACUACCCCCUCCCUAUUGUGAACGCUACUAUCAAAGCUUGUGAUCCUCUUGAUGGUCGCACCGACGGUGUCAUCUCCCGUACUGAUCUGUGCAUGCUCAACUUCAACCUCUCCUCCAUCAUUGGCGAGGAGUACUACUGUGCUGCCGAGACUAGCACCUCGCUAGGCUUUGGCUUCAGCAGCAAGGUCAAGCGUGCUGAGGGCAGCAGUACCAGCUACCAGCCCGCUCAGAGCGGCACUGUCUCUGCCGAGGGCGUUGCGGUUGCACAGGCUAUCUACGACGGCCUCCACAACUCCAAGGGCGAGCGCGCCUAUCUUUCUUGGCAGAUCGGUUCGGAGUUGUCUGAUGCUGAGACUGAAUGGAACAACAGCACUCAAAAGUGGGAGCUUGACAUUCCUUCCACCGGCGGUGAAUUUGUCACCAAGUUUGUUGAACUUCUUGACCUGGACAACCUGUCGGAUCUCGAUGGCGUCACCUACGAUACCCUCGUUGAAUGGAUGAACACCGCUAUGGUGCGCUACAUGGACAGUCUGCAGACCACCCUGCCUGACCUGACCCCCUUCCAAUCUUCUGGUGGCAAGCUGCUGCACUACCACGGCGAGUCUGAUCCCAGUAUCCCCGCCGCCUCGUCAGUGCACUACUGGCAAUCCGUCCGCUCGAUCAUGUACCCUGAUGCUUCGGCCAAGGAGAGCCUCUCGGAGCUCCAGGACUGGUACCAGUUCUACUUGAUCCCUGGUGCGGCGCACUGCGGCACCAACUCCCUGCAGCCCGGCCCCUACCCGGAGGAUAACAUGGCGACCAUGAUCGACUGGGUCGAGAACGGCGUUCAGCCCAAGCGCCUGAACGCCACCGUCUCCUCUGGCGACUACGAAGGCGAGGUCCAGAAGCUGUGUCAGUGGCCGUCGCGUCCGCUCUGGCGCAACAAAUCUACUUUCGAUUGUGUCUAUGACAAGAAGUCGUACGAGAGCUGGACCUACGAUUUCCCUGCCUUCAAGGUCCCCGUCUACUAA